AGACACGUACGGGGGCCAGCUCAAGCUAUACUAAUUUGCAUGCUCAUUUAAGUGUGGCCCUUCUCCUCGAUCCUUCUCCCAAAUCACUCAUUCUCAUUCUCUACAUGAACUCAUCUCUAUUCUCGAUCUUAGCGGACGCUGUAAGCAAUUAAACAUGGUGAGCGCUGAAACUGCUAGAAGUGUCGUCGGCAUCAUCGGGAAUGUGAUCUCCAUCGGGCUAUUCCUCUCGCCAGUGCCAACUUUUUGUAGAAUCAUUAAGAACAAGGCAGUGGAGGAUUACUCGCCGUUACCAUAUAUCGCAACAGUACUGAACUGCAUGUUGUGGAUAUUCUAUGGCUUGCCAAUUGUUCACGAACACAGCGUUCUUGUUGUGACUACCAACAGCGUUGGGUUAGUCUUGGAGCUCAUCUAUUUAGCCAUAUUCUAUACCUACGCCGCCGGACAGAAGAAUGGACGGAAGAAAGUAGCGAUAGGGCUGGCCAUUGAGGUUGUUUUCGUGGCCGUCGUCGUUGUCAUAACUAUGCUGACAUUACAUUCUCACGAGAGGAGAUCCAUGAUGGUUGGCAUCAUCGCUGAUUUCUUCAACAUUCUGAUGUACAUUUCUCCGCUUACAGUCAUGAAACAAGUCAUCACAACCAAGAGCGUGAAGUACAUGCCAUUUUAUCUGUCAUUGACCAAUCACCUUAAUGGCUGCAUCUGGACUUGUUAUGCCCUCAUCAAAUUUGACAUCUACGUGCUGGUCUGCAAUAUUAUUGGAGCAUUCGCUGGAGCUGCUCAACUCAUCCUAUAUGGAGUUUACUACAGGAAAACUCCAAAAGACGACGAUAUUAAUCAUCAUGCUCGUAAGAAUCGAAUAUCAGAGCUCCAGCUCUAGCUCAAAGACUUGAUGAUCUUAUAUAUUCAGCUACGUACUACUGACAAAGUGCGGUUACUGCGCGCGGGAGUAGUGCUAGCUAGCUCUUUAUCUAGAAAUUAGCAAAAGUGGAAAAGUCCUGUUAUUCCAAUAAAAUAAUACAAGGGUAUUGUA